AUGGAGUAUAAAUCCAAUCUCUUCUCUCAAGAGCAGGAAUGCAUCUCCAUUCACAUCGGCCAGGCUGGAGUUCAGAUGGGAAAUGCCUGCUGGGAGCUCUACUGCUUGGAGCACGGGAUUGAGCCGGACGGGCGGAUUCUUGAGAAACGGAACGCUGAUGGGGAUUCUUCCUUUGGAACGUUCUUCAACGAGACAGGAUCGGGCAAGCACGUCCCCAGGGCCUUAUUUGUUGACCUUGAACCCUCUGUCAUUGAUGAGAUCCGGGUAGGGACCUACCGCACCUUGUUCCAUCCCGAGCAACUCAUCAGCGGCAAGGAGGACGCGGCCAACAACUACGCCCGAGGCCACUACACCAUCGGGAAAGAGAUCAUACAGCCCGUGGUUGACAGAGCCCGGAAGAUGACUGACCAGUGUGACGGCCUCCAAGGUUUCCUGGUCUUCCACAGCUUUGGCGGGGGCACGGGCUCGGGCUUCACAUCUCUUUUGAUGGGGCAGCUCUCGGUCGAAUUUGGGAAGAAAGCCAAGCUCGAGUUCUCGGUCUACCCCGCCCCACGGAUCUCCACGGCCGUGGUGGAGCCCUACAACUCCAUCCUGACCACCCACACCACGCUGGAGCACUCGGACUGCUCCUUCAUGGUGGACAACGAGGCCAUCUACGACAUCUGCAACCGGAACCUCAACGUCGAGCGCCCGACAUACACCAACCUCAACAGGCUGAUUGGCCAGAUCGUGUCGUCCAUCACCGCUUCCUUGAGGUUCGACGGCGCCUUGAACGUCGACCUCACCGAGUUCCAGACCAACCUGGUGCCCUACCCCAGGAUCCACUUCCCGCUGACCACCUACGCCCCCAUCAUCUCGGCCGAAAAGGCCUACCACGAGCAGCUCUCGGUGCCCGAGAUCACCAACUCCUGCUUCGAGUUCUCUAACCAGAUGGUGAAGUGCGACCCUCGGCGGGGGAAGUACAUGGCUUGCUGCCUCCUCUACCGAGGGGACGUGGUGCCCAAAGACGUCAACGCGGCGAUCGCGGCCAUCAAAACCAGGAGGUCCAUCCAGUUUGUGGACUGGUGCCCGACCGGCUUCAAGGUGGGCAUCAACUACCAGCCCCCCACGGUAGUGCCAGGCGGAGACCUGGCGAAGGUGCAGCGGGCCGUCUGCAUGCUGAGCAACACGACGGCCAUUGCGGAGGCCUGGGCCCGGCUGGAUCACAAGUUCGACCUGAUGUACGCCAAGCGGGCCUUUGUGCACUGGUACGUGGGGGAGGGAAUGGAGGAGGGGGAGUUCACCGAAGCCCGGGAGGACAUGGCUGCCCUGGAGAAGGAUUACGAAGAAGUGGGGAGGGAUUCUAUGGAUGGGGAAGAUUACUAUGAGGACUAUUGA